AUGCUGGGCGGGGCGGCGGGGGGCGCCCGCUCCCGCCCGCCCUCUGAUCUCCAACAAGGUGUUGCGAGGUUCCCCCUGUAUUCCCUGUUCCCGAAUCAAGGAUCAAAUAACAGAACUUCGAUACACAAAGUAACGGAGAGCUUGUUCUCAACGUCGCUGUCAACGUUCGGCGUGCCGACUCCGCCGCCCAAUUCUCCAUAUUCGCCCUUGCAACUGGAACUGCUUAACUGCAACCGACUUCUUGUUGCUGACAAGGAUAGCAAUAAAAUGGAUGAGACCAAAAUGGGCAAAGCAUGUAUACCAGAGUCUUUAUGCUGCCCAGAACAACGUCAGAUUAUUGAGGGUGUCAACAUGAUGCAACCGUUGACUAUCAAAACUGAACAGGCUAAGCGAACCUGUAACACAUGUCUCACAAACUCUCCUAAAAAGGUAAUUCACACGGAUGGCGGCUGCAGUCGCACAAAUCCCGUCACUUGGCUCGGUGUUGCUGGUCAAAACGUCCAGGUGCAGGUUAAACGUGAACCGCAACACGUCCAUGUCUCAGAGCUGGUCGCUGUCAAAUUGGAGCAGGCGUCUCCUGGCAACAAGCCCGAGCAGCCCACCAUACCAGUUUCUCUUAACAAUGGAUCUAUUCCCGUGGGAAUAGCGGUUGCGCGGCAACGGGUUGGUGACGCCGGGCUUUUCGCAGCACUCUCACAAAAGGAUAAUCACCGGCUUCAUGAUAUUGAUACAGCACAGGCGGCCAUGACGGUGGGCGUGACCAAUGUGUUAUGCGACGAUCGCUCCGCCCCGUUGGCGUGGCCUACCCCCGCUCCCGCACCGGCCGCACCGCUAUGGCAAUAUCCAGCCCAAAUGUCGAUGGACAGCAUGAUGGUUGGAGGUGUCGGUGGUGUCGGCAUGGGCGCAGUCGGCGGCGGCAUGUCUUCCAUGGGCGGUUUUCAACUCGUCCGCGAACCGACAUCUGGAGCCCUUCUCCUACUUCCUGCACCCCCAGACCUUCCUCACACUGUGGUGUGGGGUGGAAUGCCUUAUCCUUCAGCUCCUCUUCUCCUACCUCCCGCUCCUCACCCUUCUCAUCAUCUCCAACUGCUACCAGGAGAUCUCCUCGCAUCUACGGCUACCUUACAACAUACGCAUACACAUUCGACUCGACUGGUCACGCUGGCUCCUGCUCCUGCACCACAACCGCACCCAGCGCACGUUGAAAAACGGAAACCCAUUAUACAACCCCUCAUAACUCCCCACACGUUAAUAAAAAUUGAACCGGAACCACCGCAAGAGAAGCCCCAACCAACUUUCGCACCAGAGCCUGUCCAGCAGCCGAUGUUGACAACGCACCUUUAUUAUCAACCCGAGUAUCAAGAACAACCAUGUAGAAGCCAGGCUACGUCACCAGCUGCACCUCCCACCCCACCACCCGAAGCACCAGAGGCUCCCGCACACAAAGACGCUUCAAACCAGACAGACCACAUUGAUGAUGAAGAUGAACACCACAAUCAGAUAGACGACGACGAAAGGGAAGUCGCUUGUAUUGGCGUCGCUCACGUACCUGAAGAAUCCAAUGUCAUGCAACUACAAAUGUUGCCAGCUUCUCUUGAUAGUGCGGAAGAAUCAUCGUCGGAAGGUUUAACGUCAUCAGUGGUCGGUGCAGUGGAAAAAGCGAUAGAUGCAAUAGAAAAUGAUGACACCAUUGACAAUUCUAGUAGUGGUUCGCAGGACUUGGUUAUUGAUACUGGCCAACCGAGCCCGCCAACUAUGCCCAUAAGACCACCCGAUGACGUAAGCGGUUUAGAACUUUUAUCUAACAGUAUAGAACAAUAUGAACGUACUACGCCAGGCAACAUGCCCACUUUAGACCCCACUCCACUCACAAUAGAUACUAGAACGUCUUCAAAAUUAAGCAUUUUGAUUAAAACUUCGCCUAAAUCUCCGCCACACACCUCUGAUAUAGAUACUCAAAGAAGGUUUGAAUUCCCAUCCGCAGACACUAGCAAUACGCAACAGAAACCGUCUUUAGACAGAUUGGGUUUGUUAUGUGAAGUCAUAUUGGCGGAACAAAGAUUAAUGGAAGAGGGUGUCGAUGCCGUUACUAAUCGACCUUCGACAUCUAGGCCCUUUAUAAAAACAGAACCUUUAUUAAGUCCCACCGAUAGAGAUAGACCUGCAGAAAUUAAGAAAGAAAAACAUAGACAUAGAGAUGAUUCUUCUAGUGAAAGAAGACCUAAACGUAGCCGCGACCGAGAGGAAAGGCUGAGACACAAAUUGGAGAAGAUGCGUCGUCACAAACGGGAACGAAAAAGUAAUGAUGGUGAAGAGAGUGCAGGUGAAAUAGAAGCGAGUUUAAGACGCGUCACGGCGUGUACUUGUGGUAUUGCAGACUGUUCACAUUCGUCCCACGUUCCGUCAGCUCACGAUCUGGUCAACGCCAUUGAAAAGGACAUGCGUAAACGUUUACAAGACUUGCAAAGACAGUGUGAUGAAAAGAGAGCACAGCUGAAUGCCUUAACUCCCCCUCUGCCUGUGUUAUCAACUACGUCAACACCGUCCACUCCAGCCUUGUCUCCGGAUUCAGAUAGGGGCUCAUCUAAAAAGCGAAAAGUUGGAAGACCGCGUAAAGUGUCAAGCCCCGAUUCCACCGAAACAAUAGUUGCUAAAAAACCUAAAUCUAAAAGUAGUCUUGUAGGAUACUUACUCGCUAAAGGUAAAUUGAAGGGUGGAAUACUCUGUUCAAGAGGAGAGCCCUCUAGAGAAGAAGUGAGCCGGACUAGUAAGGUACGACCAAAAUUGAAAGCAGAGCCAAUACUUAAAGUGUACUCUGAGGAAGAUGACGCUGAAUGGGGUCUCAACAGAUCAGCGAGUUCGUCGAUGGAGAGUUUAAACGAAGUCCGACAGAAAAAUCGCGAAAAAGUAGAUAGCUUAGCGCGCAAACAUUCACGAGAUGACUUUUCAGAAAUCGAGCUGACUAUCCGAAGAGCAAGUGCGUCGAGUGAUAGUGAUAAAGAGAGGCGCCGGGCUAAGAAGAGACGCAAGAGUCACAAAUCUAAAGAGAGAACUGAAGAUGUUGCUAAAGAAAAAAAUCCAGAACCAGAUACUCCAAAACCUAUAAUUUCUCGCUGCACUUUGACAGAAGAUAAAAUAGAUACUUCGCCAAGGGUUCUUACAGCUAGAGGUGGAUUGUUUUACGCUGGGAAAUUAAGUGCUGUUCAAGCACCUGAUGUAUACGCUAUUACUUUAGAUGGAGAGAGAGGGAAUAAACCUCACAUAUUAUCACGGGAGGAAACCUUAAAAGACGCUAUUUUAGAAGUGAGUCCCAAGUCAGUAUCGGAGUUGGCAUCUGGCACUAGAGUAUGUGCUUAUUGGUCUCAGCAGUACAGAUGCUUGUACCCUGGUACUGUAGCAGUUUCUUCGCCAGACCCUCAUGAUGAUAAGUUCGUGGCUGUUGAGUUUGAUGAUGGGGAUUCAGGACGAAUAGCGAUCGAAGAUAUACGAUUUUUGGAACCGAAUUAUCCUAUUGUUGAAUACGAAAACACUCUUUUCACAUUGGGUAAACGACGAAGAAACACAAGUAUAACAGAAGAGAAGAAGGCUAUACUCUCCACUAAUGCAGAAUUAAAAACGGAAGUUACUCCUACAGCGAUACAAAAAGAAGAAGAUAAUACGGAGGAUGACAAACACAGAGAUAGAAAGAAGUUAAAGAAACACAGAAAAGAUAAAGUAAAACGUUUGAGCGAAGACGACCCAGCAUCGGUUGAAUACAUCAAAAAGAAGAAAAAGAAACACAAAUGCUGCGAAGAACAUUGCAAACACAGGCGCCAUCAUAAGAAACACCACAGAAAGCAUAAGAAAAGACACCACUCUAGUUGUAAAGAGCAUUCUAGCUCCUCGGGUGAUGACCAUAGACAGAAAUCGACGUCCGAUUACAUAGAUUCCAACAAAUCGAAUGAAGAUUCCGUGGAUUCCAAUGAAAAACUAUCGACGUUGAUCGCAUGUGAAAAGUCGCCCGAGGAAAAGAUGAAAACAGUUAUAAAGAAAGCUGUCCUGCAGAAAAGUUUAGUAAAGACUCCCGUCUUAGAUUUCAGUAACAUUGGAAAGAUCGCUUUGAAGAAAGAGGAAGAAACAAAAGACAAUAUGAAAGAUAGUGGUAUCGGGUUGUUGGAUGAUGAACCUUCUACUUCUACCAGUGAAUUGGUUAAGAAGAAGGUUAAGCGACGUACCGUCUCCUCAUCAUCAGACGGCGGCACCGGUGUAAGCAAGAUGGCCGCUUUCCUACCAGGUGGGGCGUUGUGGAGGUGGCUCGGGCCGGCCUAUAGGCGCACGGCCCGGCCGAGGCACCGAAAGGUCUUUUACAAGUCGAUACAACGCGGUGAAGAGACAUUGCACGUUGGCGAAGCAGCGGUAUUCCUCUCCACAGGCCGAGCAGAUAGGCCAUACAUCGGUCGCAUAGUAGCACUGUGGCAGGCCCGCGGUGCCAUGGCCGUGCGAGUGCAUUGGUUCUAUCACCCCGAGGAAACAGCUGCCUGUAGACCGCUCCUCUUGCCGGGCGGUCUUUUUGAAUCUCCGCAUACGGACGAGAACGACGUUCAAACCAUAUCUCACAAAUGCGAGGUUCUGCCAUUAGCACAAUACAAGGAGCGCAUGGGCGACGACCCAGCCAAGUACAGCACGGUGUACGACAACAAUGACGUCUACUAUCUCGCCGGACAUUACGAUCCCACGCAGCAAACGCUUCGCAUGGAGCCGGAUAUACCGUUCGCCAACUAA